GUUGGGGGGGUGGGGGGGUGUGUGUUGGUGUGUGUGCGGUUGGUAGGACCAUGAAAGGAAAGACCGGGACGGGACUUUACUGGUUAUUUUCGCGGUCCGUAAAGAUUGUUUUAUGUGUGAAUGCAGGCUUAUAAUUGAUCAGAAAAAAAGUGAGAAGACGCUAAAACAGGCGUCGCGCAUCCGUGCAGCUGUGUGACGCGAGCCGGAGCACCAAAUGAGACUUGGAACAAAGUUAGCUAUAGCUAGCUCGCGUCGUUAGCGUUGCGCUAAGCUCGGCCAAGAGCAGCCGAGGAACCGAGUCCAAACCAAGCCGUUGUGGGGUUUUAACGUCGUCAUCAACAUUUGCUGUAGUAAUGUUACCUUUAGGGGGCCACUCAAGUUUUGGAUGAGGGUAAAAACCCGGGGUUUGCUAAAGCAGUUUGGGGGAAGCGUGAAGGCGCAAUGCUGGGGCAGAAGGAGGCGGCGCGGGGCUCCGGGGGUCGCCGGUCUGGGGGCUGCGCUCGGACGCUUCCAGCUCUCAGGACACUCGGGGGUUGCGUGUUGCUCUUGCAAGUCCAGGCGGCCUUGUGCCUCACCAGACCCGGCGGAAUAAUUAGCACCAGCGCGAAUAACAACCACCCGAGUGUCAACGUUUACAUGAGUGAAGAGGAGGUGAAGAAACUUCUGGGUCUGGAUGCUGAGCUGUACUAUGUGAGGGACGAUGUGGUGAAUCAUUAUGCUCUCUCCUUCAUACUCCCGGUACCCAGCGAGACCAACAGCCUGCACUUCAGCUGGAACUCCAAGAGCAAGGUGGAGUACAGGUUGGGUUUCCAGGUGGAGAACCCUGCAGUUAUGGACCAACCUCAUAGCAACAUUUCAGCCAAUGGGGAGGUCCCACUGACACGCUCAGUUUUCAGAGUGGACCUCUUCUGUUCCGGGAAAGUGGAUGGUGAGGCAGUUCUUACCAUGCAGCUGAAUCUGACGAUCCAUGCCAACAACUUCACAGUGCUUAACUUCAAGCGCAGGAAAAUGUGCUACAGAAGGAUUGAGCAGCCAGAUUCCCCAAGAAUCCUCCUUCCAUUCUCUAACAAAACAGGACCAGACUUAGACAGCGCUCCGACAACAUCCACCAGAGUGUUCUACAUAAGCGUUGGAGUGUGUUGCGCCGUCAUCUUCCUUGUAGCAAUCAUCCUCGCUGUGUUACACCUGCACAGCAUGAAGAGAGUCGAGGUGGAUGACAGUGAGAGUGACAGUGGGAGCUCCCAGGGUCUUUCUCAACCCUCCACUCAGACCACACAGUACCUAAGAGCAGACACACCAAACAAUGCCACCUCCAUCACCAACGUUCAUGCUGGCUCUGCUCCCAUGCUGCAGCUCUCAGGUGCCUCCUUCCCCCACCCCGGUGUUCCUUCCCAUGAAAGCAAAACCUAUCCUUCUUUGCGGAUCGAGAAGAACGACCUGAGAAGCGUGACUCUUCUGGAGGCCAAGGCAAAAGUCAAGGACAUCGCCAUCUCCAGAGAGAGAGUCACGCUCCGAGACGUUUUGCAUGAAGGAACCUUUGGACGGAUAUUCCAUGGUGUCUUGCUUGACGAGAAGGACCCGAGUAAAGAGAAACAAGUGUUUGUGAAAACAGUCAAAGAUCAUGCCUCGGAGGUGCAGGUGACAAUGAUGCUGACGGAGAGCUGUAAGCUGCGAGGUCUUCAUCACAGGAACCUGUUGCCCAUCUGUCAUGUGUGCACAGAGGAUGGAGAGAAACCUAUGGUCCUGCUACCUUACAUGAAUUGGGGCAAUCUGAAGCUCUUCCUUCGCCAGUGCAAGCUCGCUGAGGCCAACAAUCCUCAGGCCAUCUCCCAGCAAGAUCUUGUUCACAUGGCUAUCCAAAUAGCAUGUGGUAUGAGCUACCUGGCACGAAGAGAGGUCAUCCACAAAGACCUGGCUGCUAGGAACUGUGUCAUUGAUGACAGCAUGCAGGUGAAGAUCACUGAUAACGCUCUGGCUCGAGACCUCUUCCCCAUGGACUACCACUGCCUGGGGGAUAAUGAGAACCGGCCCGUGCGCUGGAUGGCCCUGGAAAGCCUCCUCAACAAUGACUUCUCUAGUGCCAGUGAUGUGUGGGCUUUUGGGGUGACUUUGUGGGAACUGAUGACUCUGGGACAGACUCCUUAUGUAGACAUUGACCCAUUUGAGAUGGCCGCCUACUUGAAGGAUGGCUACAGAAUAGCACAACCCAUUAACUGCCCCGAUGAGCUGUUUGCUGUAAUGGCGUGUUGUUGGGCGCUGGAUCCAGAGGAAAGGCCAAAGUUUCAGCAGCUUGUGCAGUGCCUCACAGAGUUUCAUGCAGCUUUGGGGGCCUAUGUUUAAACUCCAUCCUCAGGUUUUGCUCUGGGCCCCUGGUCACCGAGCAGCACUAAUCCCACAACAGGAAAAAUCAAACCUGACUAAAAUAAAAAUGCCAGUGAAAUAGGGGGGAAACUGCAGUCAUUGAGACUUUAAGACUUUUUCUCUUUCCUGCUUUGUCAAGGGUCACCCUUUUCUCCCUUUAUGGAAUAGUAGAUGUAAAUGCGUUUUCACAGUUGAAGAGCAUCAGCCUCACCACAGUGCAUGCUUUUCUUACAAUGCUGGUGUGAGCAUUCACAGGAAGCUAUCGUUCUUUUCAGCAGAGAACCUUUUCCACUUAAAGACACUUGUGUGCAGCUGCUGAGUUUUCUCAAAAAGCUUAUUUACCAAUGGAUCCAGUCUGAUUUUUCAGACUUUGCUUGCUUGGACAGUGAGAGGAACACUCUCUACUGGAUUGAUUUUAAAACACUGCUAUGAAGUGGAGGAGUGUUUUUUUUUUUUUUUUUAAAUAAACAGUGUGUGUGGAAAAGAACAUCUGCACAGGACAUAUUUGUCAGUUGUUGGUACUUGUACGUUUGCCAAAAUAAUUUUUUCCAAUUUGUUCAGCUUGAAUGAGCUUACGUAUAGUUCUGCCACUGGUUUUCAGGAGGAAAUCGGCUUACUGCCUCAUGUAUUUAAUUAUCUUUGGGGCAGUGGAUAUGCAGGACUGUACAAGUAUUUACUGAAACCAGUAUUAACUGGCUAUUGUGGUACAUAUUACAGCACAAAUAUCUAUUUCAUCCAUUAAAUUGAUCUUGCAAGUUUUAUUUUAUUAUGGGUGUUAAGCAAAAACGAAUUAAAAAUUACAAUAAUAGUAAAACAUUGCUUACAGGGUUAUUACUUAUUCUAAAUGUUUUUUUGUUCUGUGUCAGAACAAAGUCCUUCUUUUGUAUUUUUUUUUUAUUUUUAUUUUAUUUUUUUUUAAGAAUUCGUAAAGACACACCAGUCACCGUGAAUCAUCCAAGUGUACGGCCUUUGUUUAAAAAAAAAAACAACAUUUUCUAGCUGUGUUUCUUUUUCCCUAGCAUUUAUAGACACCUCUUGAUUUUGACAACUGCAUGUUGAUUUGAAAAGGUAUUAUGUAAACUGUUUCCUGAACUCAUACCUACCAAUUAAAGAAAGAACCCAAAAUAAAAUGGGUUCCCAAUGUUGAA